AUGCUUUCAAGAAAUAAUUCCAAGCAUAAUUCAGGAAGAUAUUUUCAGAAAAAGAUUGACGAAGAUGAGCUUUCAAACAGGUAUCAUAUGAGAAAAGAACAGAUCUGGCAAGAAGAGCAUGAAAAGGAUAUUGAGCACAGCAAUAUUUUAACUUGCCAAAAAAUAGAAGAAGACUGAGCCAAAGUUUACUUCAAGAGAAAAAGUGAGCCAAAGCAGGACUACUUAAAAGAUGCUAUAAACAAUACUUCUAAUAGUAUUGCAAUACAGACAAUUGAAAUCGGCCACAACAGUGAUUAUGAUUCAGAAAUUGAAUAUCCGGAUAACUCUAUAAUCCAGCAAUAUAUCGAAGAUCAAACCCUAUGCCAAUCACAAGAAUAUACUAUAAAAUGAGAAAACAAAAGAGUCGUUCCAAAGACACCAAAACAAGUUUGCGUACCAACUUAUAGAAAACGACGCACAAAAACGUUAGAUCUUGACAAAUUGUUUGGUAGCAUUCCAAUAGUUAAAGCAUCUUCGAAGUAUUGUAUAAAGCCCUUAAAAACUUGCAAGCAUUCAAGAGAAGUAAAAUCAGUUGAUUUAUCGGCAAAACCAAAAUCAACCAAAAAGCGGACAAUGCCAAAUCUACUAUCUAAAGAAAGUUUAUUUGAAAGAAGUACAAUGAGUAUAAUAAAAAAGAGAAAAGCUUUGAAGGAGGCUUCGAAAAUAAUUUUUAGCUUCAGAAGCAAAUCAGAGCUAAAAUCUACUUCAUUUAUAAAAGAAAAGCCAGCGUCACAGCUGAAUUCUUAUAGAGAUGAGGAUGGAAUGAAAUUGCGAGACUUGAGAAAAUUAAAACUUCUAGAGAACCUAAACAGGCAACGACGUCCUUGUGUAGCACCGAUUGGAAAUUAA